AUGUCGAGAAGCCAGUCAAGUCUGGGGUACAUGGAUACUGUCCACGAGCCCGUGGCGCAGGGCACAUCUCCCUCGUUCCAACAACAGUCCGCGACAGGCCCCAUCAACUUAUCCGGUCUCGUCUGCAAUCUGCGCAGAACCACCGGCAAAGAACCUCCCCCACUGGUGGGUGCGACCACGACGAUUCUAGGCGACAAGCUCUACGUCUUCGGCGGUCGAAUCCUCUCCCGCAGUCGCCCACAGUUGACCUCGGAUCUAUAUGAAUUGUGCUUGAUCCGUCGACAUUGGGCUCGAGUGGAGCCGACGGGAGAUGUUCCCCCAGCUCGGUACUUCCACAGCGUAUGUGCGCUGGGUGACAACAAGCUGGUCUGCUAUGGAGGCAUGUCGCCGGCACCCAGCUCGCCCCGAGAUCCUGCGAAUCCUGGCGCGUCUGGUCCAGAAAGCCAAUCAGAGGUCGUUGUCAUGUCAGAUAUCCACAUCUUCGACGUUCCGUCGCGAACCUGGACCCGCGUGGCCGCUCAUGAGUCGCCGCAGGGCCGAUACGCGCACUGCGCAACCAUUCUACCGUCGAGCGCUGCGUUCACCUCGGCAAGUGCACCACUGUCGGCCAUCCACCACAACCCCGAAUCUACGACGCCACACCAAGGCUCGAUCGGAGUCGAUAUUGAUGGGUUUGGCGGGGCCGAGAUGGUCGUGGUGGGUGGCCAGGAUAGCUCCAACCGUUACAUCGAGCAGAUCAGCGUGUUCAAUUUGCGCAGUCUGAAGUGGACAAAUACUAGUCCGCUGGGACGCAGCUGUGGUGCCUAUCGCAGCGUGGUGGCGCCCCUCGUGGGCAUGGACGUCUCCGAAGUUGGCUCUGCGGCUCCAAAUCGAGAGUCGCAUGAGCCUAUCGAGAAGGGGGAUUUACCUGGCUGUCCAAUGCUGAUCUACUCGAACUACAACUUUUUGGACGUCAAACUAGAGCUGCAGGUGCGUCUGCCGGACGGGCGUCUUGUCGAGCGACCGAUGCCCGUCCAAGCCUCCCCGCCCGGGCUACGAUUCCCCAAUGGCGGAAUCAUAAAUGGUCACUUUGUAGUGAGCGGCACAUACCUCACCUCUUCCAAGCAGGAGUAUGCGCUUUGGGCGCUUGAUCUGAGGACCCUGACAUGGGGCCGUAUCGACGCAGGCGGGUCAGUCUUUGGUCACGGCAGCUGGAACCGUGGUAUUCUGUGGCCACGUCGCAGCACUUUUGUCGUUCUCGGACACCGCAAGCGCAGCUUAGUGGAAGACUACAAUCAUCGACGGAUAAAUUUCUCGCACGUCUGUCUGGUCGAACUGGAGGCCUUUGGCCUCUACAACAACCCAUCAGAGACUGCCUCCACCUCGGGAUAUAAAUCCCACAGUGCCCCCUCGGUACCAGCGUCUUUGCAGCAGAAGCUCUCGCAGCUGACAAUGAGUGGACGGCCACUAUCUGCAGCAUCCGAUGAAUUGGGUAGGCUGGCACUAUCACUGCAAGAGAUGUCAGAUAUGGAGUUGCAAGCUGUCGGGGGAGAACGCCUGCCUGUGAACUCACGAAUACUUGCUCGCAGAUGGGGGCCGUAUUUCAUCCAGCUUCUUCGAGAGUCGUCUGAUAGCGGUGCUCCGGAUGCCAUGACUCUUCGUGCAGGCCCCAUUCCACCGAAUCGAAAUUCGAUUAUUACCAUCACCCCUUCAGUGGGACCUCAGAGUACCUAUUCUAAUGCCACGACAUUGGUUAACUCCGCGGUGCCCUCAAAGGCGCUUCUUGAAAACUUGGAGGCUCCCUCCGCUCACAGCCUUGCGCCAACCUCCCGGCCACGCGUACUUUAUCUACCACACACCAUCCUCACCCUCCAAGUCCUUGUUCAAUAUCUCUAUACCUCAUCACUCCCUUCGCUCGGCUCAUCCCUGUGUACCCCUCAAAUUCUCUGUUCACUGCUUCAAAUCGCCCGCCCCUACCAGAUAGACGGACUCCUUGAAGCAACGGUGGAGCGUCUACAUCAAGUUUUGGACGGACGCAAUGCCGCAGCCAUCUUCAACGCCGCUGCAAUGGCGGCCGGCGGCGGUCGUGGUACUGGAUUCACGGGAGGCUUGGGCGGGACCCUCGAAGCCUUGAACGGAGCCAACAGCAGCCGCAAAUCCCCCAACCAAGCCGGAACGAACUCGCAGCAAAGUGUCCUCCUGGCUUCUGACUCUUCCGAUACCGAGCACGGCGGCAUCACAGCCCCCUCCGCAUCCAGCAGCAGCAACGACCUCGCCGGUCUCACCCGCGGUUUACCCUCGCUGCGCAUCAACACCAACCUCUCACGAUCUCGCAGUCGCUCACGCAUGCGUCGCGAUCGUGACGACUCCAUCAGCAAUCCCAGCACAGCGACGUCCGCCUCGAGCGCGAGCUUCAGCCAAUCUGAUUCAGAAUUCGUAAGCGACAGUGAAAGCCGGGCCGCGUCCCGUGCACACCACCGCCGUGACACCGAUGCCCAGCUCCGCCCCGAGCGAGAAAUCUGGACAGGUGAUCUGAGCAGUGUGAUCGGGUUACAAAAACGAGGUCUGCGAGGGCUCAUGGAAGGAAGAAGAAUGCGUGAACGUAGUGCCAAGCCUCCCAGUGUCAGCAGCGCGUCGGCGUCUGGGAUGCUGCCUUCAGCCGGGUCAGAUUAUCAUCUCCCUGCGCAGGGUGUAGCUGGCUAA